UGAGGGUUGAAUGGCGCUCAGACUCUACUGCUCUUCUCCUCCUUCUAUACUCUGCAGUCUGCACUGCUUCCCACAACAACUCAUCCCAACCCCACGCGCCGAUCUCGAUGCCUCCUUCAUUAAACGCGCCGUCCAUCUCGCCGAUAAAUCCGCCGGCUUCACCUCUCCCCAUCCUUCCGGCAAAGUCGCCGGCGAGGGCUUCCUCUACGCCCAGGGCACCAAGCCCGCCGAGGCCCUCGCCGUCGAGGCCGCCUGACAGCUCUCCCGCCAUGCCACCGCUUAUCUUAACAUGGAGCCCGGCGACUGCCACGGCAACCACUCCGCCGUCUCCGCCCUCAUUCAGGGUGGUGUUGAAAGAGUGGUGAUUGGGUUGAGGCACCCACUGCAGCAUCUGAGAGGGAAUGCCAUGAGGGCACUCCGAAGUCAAGGCUUGCAAGUUGACGUGCUGAGUGAGGACCUCAACACCAAGCUCUUCGAGGAAGCUCGCAAGUCGUGCCUUGUUGUCAAUGCUCCUUUGAUUUGUAGAGCUGCUUCUCGACUCCCCUUCUCUGUUCUCAAGUAUGCUAUGACUCUUGAUGGAAAAAUUGCUGCUUCCAGUGGACAUGCCUCCUGGAUAAGCAGCAAGACCUCUCGAAAUCGAGUUUUUGAACUGCGGGUUAGAAGUGAUGCCAUCAUUGUUGGAGGAAAUACCGCACGCAGGGACAAUCCGAGGUUAACUGCAAGGCAUGGAGGAGGUCAUAUGCCCUUGCGGAUUGUAAUGACACAGACGCUUGAUCUCCCUGAGGAAGCAAACCUUUGGGAUACUUCUGAUGUUACACAGAGGGGUGCCAGAAGGAGCUUUCAGAAGUUUCUUGCAUCUAAAGGAAUUGAAGUUGUGGAGUUUGACAUCUUACAUCCCAGAGAAGUAAUGGAGUACUUCCAUGAUCGUGGAUAUCUUUCAGUUUUGUGGGAGUGUGGAGGGACACUAGCUGCAUCUGCUAUCUCAUCUGGAGUAAUACAUAAGGUCUUUGCAUUUAUUUCCCCUAAGAUAAUUGGUGGAAAAACUGCUCCAUCCCCUGUAGGUGAACUUGGGAUGGUUGAAAUGACACAAGCCUUGGAUUUAAUUGAUGUGUGCUACGAACAGGUUGGACCCGACAUGCUUGUUAGUGGUUUUCUUCAACCCAUACCGGAUCUUACGCCUGUUAUUCCAUCAGUUGAUGAAACAUAUGAAAUUGAUCCAACUGUCACUCCCUAUGACUCAAGAAUCAUAUUCUUCUACAAAAUAUGACCUUAUGGCUCCUUCUCAAUUUUUUCUCCUCACCCAAUUAAGAUGCCUGAUGUUGAUGGUGAUUAUUCCACUUGGUUGAGUGUGGAGCAUUACUACCAGGCUCACAAGUUUGUUGGGGUGGAUGAUCCUGUGGCACGAGAAUGUGUUGAAAAUAUCAAGUCUGCAAAAAGUCCGGAAGAAGCAGCAUGCAUAGGCAGGUCAAUGCAGAGGCGGCACCCUUGUUUGGUAAGAUCCGACUGGGAAAGUGUCAAGAUUGAUGUGAUAUACAGGGCGCUAAAAUGCAAGUUCUCAAUAUACCCACAUUUGAAUUCUAUAUUGCUGUCAACUGCUGGUUCUGUUCUAGUUGAAGCUGCACCACAUGAUCUUUUCUCGGGUGAAGGCAGGGAUGGAGAAGGCCUAAAUAAUCUGGGGAGGCUUUUGAUGCAGUUGAGAUCCGAGUUUCUUGGUGAGUCCCCUACGUUAAAUGAGAGCUCAUGCUUAGGUGUAUAUUCUUAAAUUAGUUUAUUCACAUGCCUAAAAGAAAAAAAGGUGAUUGAUUUACAAAACAAAUGGUUAUAGUUUUUUCCUGUAAUUGUUAUUGUUCCUUAACAAUAA